AUGACAAAUCCAAAAGGUUAUCGUCGUGGUACGCGUCAUUUAUUUGCACGCGAUUUCAAAAAGAAUGGUCGCAUUCCUUUGGCUACCUAUAUGAAAAUCUAUAAACGUGGUGAUAUCGUCGAUAUUAAAGGUAAUGGUGCUGUACAAAAAGGUAUGCCACAUAGAUUCUAUCAUGGUAAAACUGGUCGCGUUUUUAAUGUAACUCGACAUGCUGUUGGUAUCAUUGUUAACAAACGUGUUCGUUACCGCAUUAUUGCUAAACGAAUUAAUGUCCGCAUUGAACAUAUUAAACACUCACAAUGUCGUGCUGAUUUUCUCAACCGUGUUAAACUUAAUGAACAAUUGAAACGAGGUGCCAAAGAAACUGGAAAGAGUGUACCACUCGCUAGUAUUAAACGACAGCCACAAGGUCCACGACAACAACAUUUGGUUCAAACAGGUGGCAAUAAACCACAAAUCGUUGAACCAAUUCCAUAUCAAUUCGUAGCAUAA